AUGUUUGUUUCACCAAUAACCUCCUCGGCCGAUCCAAAGGCCCCCGAGGAGUUCACCAACAACGCCAGGAAAAAAGUUCUGGAUAACCUGACGAAGUUCAAGCCUGAACAACUACAACAUCCGUCCCGGAGCGACGGAUUUAUCUCGCGUUUGGCAAGUCACACUGGUACAGUUCUUCCGCCAAUACGCAAACAGAGCCUUCCUGAUGACUCGCUAGCAAAAACCACCACGCAGGAUUCAUAUGCUUCUUCGAUAUUCAGUGCGGACUCCAGAAGAACUGAGGCUACAGAUGUGUCAUUGCCCAGUUUGCGGGAGUAUAUCGCAGGCUCGAAAAGGGGCAGCUCUCCCGGUAGCGUCGAAGAAGAGGUUGCCUCAACCAGCCGGGUAGACUUGACUCUUCCCAAUGUUCUUAACGAUAUCAUAAAGGCGGACGAAAUCAGCAAGCCGUUUGUGAAUCUGCAGAACAUGGGUCACCUGGUAUUUUCCCAACUCAACGAUUUCAUUGCCCACAACUCUGCCAACGUGAAUACCGAGGGCCUAAUAGACUGGAAUCUUAAUCUGGUAAGGUGUAUGUUAUUUAUUGAGAAGAUACCCGUCAACUGGGGGAUUACCUUUAUCGAUCCUGCCAAGCCAGAAAUGGUACAGGUCCCCAAAAAUUCCAGAAGACUGUUGAGAUCGGAAUUGGUCAAGUUCAUGCGGUCUGUACGCAAGGCGGAAAAACCUGCCAACCCGGAAAAUGUGCAGAAGUUUCUGGCUAAAGUUGCCAAUCCAGCAAUCGCCAAUGUGGAGUCGUGUUGCCAGAUGCUCAAGCUGGAACAGAUACCCUAUCUCACCAAUGAUGAAGCUCUCAUAACCAGACUAGUCGACUCGGAUUUGUUCAUAGAGUACAAUCUGACUAAAGACUUCAGAUAUCGUGUGGCCCAGGUGUCACUGGAGCGCUCCAGGAGUCUGGUUCAAGAUUUGGGUGAAUAUCCAUCUAUAGAGACCAGGGCACUUGCACUGAGAAAUUACUUUUUGAACCUGUUGGUGGCCUGUCAGACUCUUUUUGAGUAUAAUUUUUAUCUUUGGCAAAAGUCCAAUGACAGCAAGCGCAAGAACAAAGUCUCCAAGGAGGAGAAGACAGUGCUGUGGGAGAGACUAAGAGAAAGGAAUUUCUGCAAGGUUGAAGUGUUUGAGAGAUUAAACUGA